UUAUCUAAUAAUAAUGAAAUAUAUAUUGUUCGAUCAUCCCUUUCUACACGUAAAUUUUUGUUAUCGAACAUUACGUUAUUACACGUCUACUGCAACUACAACUGAAUUAUGUAACUAUAAAAGACUAGCAGAUUUUCCUGCAAUUUUUAAACCGAAAGAUGUGGAAAAUGGCUGGUAUGAUACCUGGCAACGUAAUAAAUACUUUGCAUCAUCCAGGAUAACAAGGAGGACAAGCAAUAGUACUCAAGAGGAAAAAGAAACCAAAGAAUCUUUUAGUAUGGUCUUACCACCACCUAAUAUUACAGGAAUAUUACAUCUAGGUCACGCACUUACUGUUAUAAUCCAAGAUGUUUUGGCAAGAUGGCACAGAAUGAAGGGACAUCCAGUAUUGUGGAUACCAGGUCUGGACCAUGCAGGGAUUGCAACACAGGCCAUAGUAGAACGUACAUUACAACAUACACGCAACAUUACACGAUAUGACAUGGGUCGUGACGAGUUUACACAAUUGAUCUGGCAGUGGAAGGCGGAGAAGGCUGCAAUUAUCAAACAGCAAUUGAAAGCCCUCGGCGCUACGCUUGAUUGGGACAGAGAAUACUUUACCAUUGAUGAAAAUCACAGUACAGCAGUGAUUGAAACGUUUGUAUAUAAGGAAGAACUGAUAGUUGCAACGACUAGGCCUGAAACAAUUUUUGGAGAUGUAGCAAUUGCUGUGCAUCCGAACGAUGACAGAUAUUCGCGAUAUAUUGGCCGAUAUGUUUUCCAUCCAAUAAGAGAGACUUUUAUACCCAUCAUAGCUGAUUCUUCUGUCAAGAGAGAGUUUGGCACUGGUGCAGUGAAAAUUACACCGGCACACGAUCGCUUAGAUUAUAACAUCGCUAAAAGACAUGACUUGCCAGUUAUUUGCGUUAUUGAUGAAGGUGGCAACAUGACAGAUGCAUGCAAGGAAUUCAAGGGAGUGCCGAGAUUCAUCACACGGAAAAGACUAAUGGACCAACUAUCCGUACGAGGUUUGGUGAAAGGUGUGGAAGAUAAUCAUCGGAUGACAUUGCCAUUAUGUUCGCGCACACAUGAUGUGAUCGAGUAUUUGCCAAAAGAACAGUGGUUCUUACGCUGUACGGCAAUGGCCAAGCGGGCGUACGAAGCCGUGGCGAAUGGUGAAUUGAAAAUCUAUCCAAAUGAAGACGGCAUUUACGAACAAAUGUGGUACAAUUGGCUCGAAAAUCAUAAAUAUAGAGACUGGUGUGUUUCAAGACAGUUAUGGUGGGGACAUCGCAUUCCGGCAUAUUCCAUAAUUCAUGGUAAUGGUAAAGAUAAUGAUAAUGAUAUAUUCUCUGAUAGUAAUAAUACCACUUCGUGGAUAAUCGCACGAUCCGAAGAAGAAGCACAUUCUCUUGCACAAGAGAAAUAUGGAAACACAGUGAAUUUACGUCAGGAUCCAGAUGUUCUCGACACAUGGUUUUCUUCGACAGUUGUACCAUUUGCCACGCUUGGCUGGCCGGAAAACACGGAGGAUAUGGCAAGACAUUAUCCGCUAACACUGAUGGAAACAGGCCAUGAUAUUCUCAUGUUCUGGGUGGCGAGAAUGGUGAUGUUAAGUCUGGAACUAACACAACGUUUGCCAUUUAAAGAAGUUUUACUUCAUGGUGUCUUGUGUGAUGGCAAUGGCAAGAAAAUGUCAAAGAGCUCCGGCAAUGUCAUCUCGCCAGAAAAUAUUAUCAAUGGUUGUACCUUCGAAGAAUUGAACGAGCAAGCAAGACUUAGUCACGCGGCAGGUAUUCUUAGCGCUGAAGAAUUACAGCGAACGCUGCGUGUUAAUACAAAAACGUACUCCAUGGGAAUACCAGAUUGCGGUGCCGAUGCCUUGAGAUUAUCAUUAUGUGCACGCAAUAUUAAGAAUCAUACUAUUAGUUUUGAUGUGGAUGAUUGUCGGACAAGCAAGUAUUUUUGUAACAAGAUCUGGCAGGCAAGCAAAUACGUAUUAUUAAUGACAAAAGAGGACCAACAACGACACGAAAAUGUAGAAAAGGAAAGUCUGAAUGACCUAGAUCGAUGGAUCCUCAGUCGAUUAUCAUGGAUGGUUGAAAUAGUAAAUAAUGCAUUUGUCGAACGAAACUUUCAUAAAGCGAUAACCGCAAUUCGUCAAUUUCUGUAUUAUGAAUUUUGUGAUUUCUAUGUGGAGGGUACAAAAUUUGGGUUUAGAAGCGGUAAUUCCGCUGGGCAUUCCAAUACUCUUGCAAAAUGCUUGGAAGUAUCAUUACGCAUUCUCGCACCUGUAACACCCUAUUUAUCGGAUGAUUUGUAUGUAAGACUUGCCAAGAAGGGACUACCAGGAUUUCUAUCAGUCGCCUCGUUGCUUGAGACUUCCUAUCCUAUGCCAUACGAAUUCAAGCAUCUGAGAGAUAUCAGGUUGGAGGAAAGGAUAUGUGAACUCGUAGAUGUAACAAAUGCGAUUAGAAGUUGCAUGGCAAACGUGAGCAAAAAAUCAAAUCCAGAAGUUAAUAUUCUGGUUAACAAUGUGCGUGAUUACAAUUUUUAUCGGGAAAAUGUAAACCUUAUCAAAGGAGCAAGCAAAAUUUGGAAUGUGCCUAUCCAUUUAAUAGAAUCAGCGAAUGAUAGCAAUUUUAACAGGAUGAUGACAAGAGAUAAUAAUUCCGAUGGUGAUGGUAUUUGUACCGUCCAAUAUAUGCAUACAAACGAUUGCUCAUUACUUAUUACAGUUAUGGAUACAUCGGUGUUAGAACAAGUUAAGAAAAAUAUAGCAAAGAAUAAAUCGAAAAGUAUGUGCUAAAAAGAAG